AAUAAGAGACCUAGAGUAUCGCAGGAUCAGAGUUUGGGAAGGAAUGAAUCUCAAGAUAAGCAGGUCCAUGUUCCAUUUUUUCAAGGUGCGCAACCUGCGUUACCAACUUUGUUUCAGCCUCAACCUUUGGUGCAACCGUUGUGGCAACAACCCUUUGUCCAAACAAUGGGUACGGCUCCUGUUGGUUUUGGGGGUCAGUGGAAUGGGUCUG